CUGAGAGUGGGGUGGGUGUCCUCAGUGGCCCCCUGAAGGUCCCCCGACCUUCGUGUAGACUCUGGGCCCGCCGGGAAGAGAGCAUGGCCGGCUUCCACCUCUUCUCCCCAUGGUCCUAUGGGGAGUUUGGGGAGCCCUCGCCCGGUAGAAAGCGGGAGUUCUCAGCACGGCUGGGCUGGCCUGAGUCAUCUGUGAGUUCCUGGGCCCGGACUCCCGGCGCUGAGACCGAGACGAUACACCAGAAAUGUUCGCCCACAGGGCGGCCCCGCCGGCGUGGCUAUAUCGCCUCUCCACGAGAAAGCCACAGUUUGACACAUGUGGCCCGGAGACCCUCGGACCGCGCCAGGAAGCACAGGUCCGUCAGCCGGCGCCUGGAAGAAGCCUGCGGGGAGGCACCGACCAAGUCCGGCAGCACCUGGCAGCAGCUGCAGCAGCCGGAUCAGCCCUACCCGCGCUACUCUGAAGGCCCCGGAGAUUCGUCCCCGCCAUACCCCGGGGGAGCUUUCAGCCCCCAGAGUGCUGGGACUUUGCUUUUAGAAAAGACACACAACAGAGACCGGUGGGCAGUGCCGGUGUGCAGACCUGUAGAUCUCUGGUCCCCUUCCUCGGUUCUCACGGACAAGUCCUCGGUGCACUCCCCAGAGUUCGAGAAGCAACCCACUUGUGUGUGCACCCAGAAGAGGGGUAGUGGUGACCGGACUGAGUCCUUAGCCCACCAGUACUCCCAGCCCUCCGCCUCCUGCAAAGAGAGGAGUAGCCAGCACGCUCAGGUCCUCAAGAGCAAGCUGGACGAAGCGGUGAUAUCCUCCAGGGACCAGAAGAUCCUGGCCCUGGUGCUGAGCCGGCUCAAGAAGGCCCAGAAGAUGCGAGAGCUGCAGCAACAGGCCGCAGUCGCCUGGGAGGAGCUGAAGCGCUCAGACCAGAAAGUCCACCUGACCCUGGAGAGAGAGCGCAGGCUGCUGCUGCAGCAGAGCCAGGAGCAGUGGCAAGGACUGAAGGAACUGCACAAGCCACGGAGGGGCCAUGAGCAGUUUCACCAGGGCCGGGAGCAGCCGGGCCCGCGGCGUGACCAUCAGGCGAAGAGCACUAUCCAGUCGGAGAGCGAGAGUGGGUGGCGGAUGCCACCUGACAACCCAGAGAACCACCGAGGCCUGGACAAGCUAGACAGGGUGCAAACACAAGCCGAGCACCUCAAACAGUGUCAAGUGCAGCGUCUGCGCGAGCAGGAGAGGGUGCUGCAGAGUCUGCGGGACCUGAACCGGCUGCAGCUGCGGAAGAGGAUGGAGGCGGCCUGUCUGAAGAGGCAACAGCACCUGGCAGAGAGCCAGAAGAAGGUUCAGGAAAGCAACCUGAGCUCACUCGUCAACUUCCAGGCACGCAAGGUUCUCAUGGACUGCCAGGCCAAGGCGGAGGAACUCCUCAGGAAGCUGUCGCUGGAGCAGAGUUCCCAGCAUCCCCCGGACAUCCAAGAAAGUCUGGCUAAGGAGAGGCACCGGGAGCAGCAGGGGAAGGCAAAAAGGGAGGUAGAGCAGCCUCAGCGAGUGAGGUGGCGUGCGGAGGAGGCAGAGGAGCAGCGCCAGGUGAGCAAGCGGAUCCUGGCCGAGCUGGCGGAGCAGAAGAUCAGGCAGGCCAGGGGUCAGGCGCCCAAAACCACCAGCAACAGGGCGCAGCACCUGGAGGAGCUGAACAUUCUGCGUGAAAAGAACCAUCAGAUCUUGAAGCUGAAAGCGGAGAAGGAGGAGAAGAGUCACAUUGAGGGCAUCAAGGAAGCCAUCAAGAAGAAGGAACAAAGGGUCCAGCAGAUGACCAGAGGGAAAGACCCCAUCUUCCAGGAGUUCCAGAAGGUUUCCCCAGCCUCCAAGGCAGACCGCUGCUUUGACCACGUGGCAUCAGAGACCCCGCUGCCCAUGCACCAGCCCAGUGGAAACUACUGAGAAGCCAGGAGGAGGACGGCAACAACCCAGCCAGAGAUGUCAUCGUGCGAUUCCGCUCUAUAAUCUGAUUUUAACCGUGCAUUGAUUUUUAAAAAAUAUAUAAAAUAGCUGCAAUUUCCUCCCAUGAA